AAAAAAUUGGCCACCAACAGUUGCUAAGAGGUAAGCUUCUUUACCAUCUCAAACUGUCAAGCAGUAUCUUACAGCCACUCGCUCGAGGCUUCCGCUUGUAAUAGAACUGGCCGUCAAUUGUGUGGAUAGAGGUGCUCUGUGUUCCAGGUUAAAGUGCUAUUUUGUAGAACUUUUUCUUGCAUUGAAAGAUGAGCGAAAAUCCAUUCCUACUAGGCGAAAAGCUCCUGAAAAAUCGGCUGUCGACUCCGUCCGCUAGAUACUCCCAGCUUUCUGUGUCAGAUACUAUCACAGAACUUCAAACUGAUUCUCAGAAUGGUUUGUCUAAUAGUCAGGAUAUACUUAAUCGGCGGCUGCUUCAUGGGAUAAAUGAGUUGAGCUCUGAUGAAGAAGAGUCUUUGGUGAUGAAGUUUAUUUCGUCUUUUUACUCAGACCCAUUGAUUCUUUUACUCAUUGCAUCCGCUGUGCUCAGUUUCUGGAUGGGGAACGUCGAUGAUGCAGUCUCUAUCACCUUGGCGAUUACUAUUGUCGUCACUGUUGGCUUCGUCCAAGAAUAUCGCUCGGAACAAAGCUUGCAAGCGUUAAACAAACUUGUUCCAGCGGUGACAAAGCUAACAAGGAAUAGCAACACAUCCAGCGUGUUGGCAUCUGCCUUAGUACCUGGCGACUUGGUUCAUUUCUCGCAAGGGGAUCGCAUUCCUGCUGAUAUUCGCUUGACAGAAGCCGUACACUUGAGUAUUGACGAGUCCAACUUGACAGGUGAAAACAGGCCGGUGAAGAAACAAGUCAAUGCGAUUCCUAGUAUUCCUUCCGAUGCCGCAAACCAUGCACCAGUCACUGAAAGAACUUCGAUUGCCUUCAUGGGUACAUUGGUCCGUGAUGGGCACGGAACAGGGAUAGUAGUUGCUACUGGGUCUCAGACAGAGUUUGGCGUUGUUUUUGAGAUGAUGUCAGAAAUCGAGAAACCCAAGACCCCGCUUCAACAAGCCAUGGACAAAUUGGGAAAAGAUCUUUCAAUUUUCAGUUUUAUUGUCAUUGGAAUCAUCUUCUUAUUGGGAAUCAUACAAGGCCGCGCGUGGUUAGAUAUGUUUCAGAUCUCUGUCUCAUUGGCCGUAGCAGCUAUUCCGGAAGGAUUACCAAUUAUUGUUACUGUGACCUUGGCUUUGGGUGUCUUGAGAAUGGCCAAAAGAAAAGCAAUUGUGCGCAGAUUACCCAGCGUGGAAACUUUGGGCAGCGUCAAUGUUAUUUGCUCUGAUAAGACGGGUACCUUGACACAGAAUCACAUGACGGUCACCAAAACUUGGGCAUUUGACUUCAAGAGCUCUGGAUCGUUUAAUAGUCCUUUCCUACUUGUCGAUAAAUUGAGUGACAACACAUUACAUCACUCCUUGACACCUAACAUGACUCAAGUAUUGGAGGUAGGAAACAUCUGCAAUAAUUCGAAGUUUUCGAGAGAAAAUGAUAAAUAUGUGGGAAACGCUUCCGAUAUUGCUAUCAUGGAAUGCUUGCCUCAUUUUGGAUUGGAAGAUAUGAGGGGCACAAAACAAAGAGUAUAUGAGUUGCCAUUUUCGUCUGAGAGAAAAUUUAUGGCUAUAUGCGUCCAUGGUGGGGACAUCAACAAAUCUGAGACCCACGUUAAAGGUGCUACUGAAGCCGUCCUUAAAAUGUGUACUAGAUAUUUGGAUGAGUCCGGCAAUAUUCAAAAUAUAUCAGAAGAUAUUUUGAAAAGAAUUCAUGAAAAUUCAACUGCCCUCGCAUCGGAAGGAUUGAGAGUCUUGGCAUUCGCCAAAAACAGACAGUUAUUUACAGAUGAGAAGGAGAUUCAUUCUCCUGUACCCUCGAAUUUGGUAUUUUGUGGAUUGAUUGGUAUGAAGGAUCCUCCAAGACCAAAUGUUGGACAUGCAAUAUCCAUGUUGAUGAAAGGAGGAGUUCAUGUGAUCAUGAUUACCGGUGACUCGCCUUCUACCGCGGCCAAUAUUGCAAAGCAGAUUGGCAUACCAUUCACAAGCAAAGAUUCCAUCAUGACUGGAGAUCAGUUAGACAGUUUAGAUGAGGAAAGCUUGAGUCUCGCGAUACAUAAUGUAUCAGUAUUUGCAAGAACCACACCUGAGCAUAAAGUCACGAUUGUCAAAGCCUUACAGAGAAGAGGCGAUAUUGUCGCCAUGACUGGUGACGGAGUCAACGAUGCACCAGCAUUGAAAUUAGCAGACAUCGGUAUUGCCAUGGGUAAAAAUGGAACAGAUGUCGCGAAAGAAGCUGCAGACAUGGUUCUCACAGAUGACGACUUCUCCACCAUCUUGUGUGCAAUUGAAGAGGGGAAAGGCAUUUUUUACAACAUUCAAAAUUUCGUGACUUUCCAGUUGUCGACGUCGAUUGCUGCCUUGACAUUAAUCGCAUUGGCUACAUUUUUUGGAUUGCCCAACCCUUUGAACGCCAUGCAAAUUUUGUGGAUCAACAUUCUUAUGGACGGGCCCCCUGCUCAAUCGUUGGGUGUAGAGCCUGUUGAUCAUGAGGUCAUGAACAAACCGCCUAGAAAAAGAAAUGAUAAAAUCUUGACGCAAAACGUCAUCAAAAGGGUUUUACAAAGUGCUGCCAUGAUCAUCCUUGGCACUUUAUACAUCUUUAUUCGGGAGAUGCAGGACAACCAGAUUACGGCAAGAGAUACUACCAUGACGUUCACAUGUUUUGUCUUCUUUGAUAUGUUCAACGCAUUGUCUUGUCGUCACUACUCUAAAUCACUUUUUGAGUUGGGAUUCACGAACCCGAUGUUUAAUUUCGCGGUGCUCGGCUCUCUCUUCGGGCAAUUGUGUGCGAUAUAUGUUCCGUUCUUUCAAUCCAUCUUUCAAACAGAGGCUCUCACAUUGAGGGAUUUGAUCAAUUUGUUGAUAAUCACAAGUACCGUUUUCAUUGGUGAUGAGGUAAGGAAGUAUUUGUUAAAAAGGAGAACGAUGUACAAUGGUUUUGACUACAAUGUUUGAAAUUUUUAUGAUGUAAAUCCAUACGUAUAAAACAAUAAGUUACAUACCCACUUCAAUACUGUUUAUCCAUGAUAAAGAAUCGAUUAACUACUCUUUUUUAAUAUUUCUUCCAAGCUAACCACCCCUUGAAAGUUUGCGUCCCCAAGCUUCUCGUAUAACUUCAAAGCCACGGUUUCAGUACUUACUGGUGGCCGUAUAAGAUCAU